AGAUGAUGGUGGAUCAAAUCAUCAAAUAAACGAGGAAGAAAAUGAGCUACCAGCUGAAAACUCAACUGGUUUUUCUCUUCCUUGUUUGGGGUUCAUGGGCAUUUCUGUGCUAUGGUCUCCCGAGUGAGUACUCCAUAUUGGCCCUCGACCUUGACAAGUUUCCUUCAGAGGAAGGGGUGGUGGAGCUGUUUCAACGAUGGAAGGAGGAGCACCGAAAGUUUUACAAACACCCUGAAGAAGCAAAGUUAAGGUUGGAGAAUUUCAAGAGAAACUUGAAAUACAUCGUAGAGAAGAAUGCAAAGCGAAAUUCUCCUUACGGGCACAGUCUAGGAUUGAACAGGUUUGCUGACAUGAGCAAUGAAGAGUUCAGGCAUAAGUUUAUUUCAAAGGAUGACUCAUGCGAAGAUGCACCUUACACUUUGGAUUGGAGGAAGAAGGGUGUUGUGACUGGUGUCAAGGACCAAGGACACUGUGGUAGUUGUUGGGCAUUCUCUUCUACUGGAGCCAUAGAAGGAAUAAAUGCAAUUGCGACAGGGGACCUUGUUAGCCUUUCAGAACAGGAACUUGUGGACUGUGAUAGUACUAACGAUGGAUGUUAUGGAGGAUACAUGGAUUAUGCUUUUGAAUGGGUUAUGCACAAUGGUGGAAUCGACUCAGAAACUGAUUAUCCAUACACUGGUGUAGAGCGUAGAUGCAAUGUCACGAAGGAGAAAACAAAGGUUGUUAGCAUUGAUGGCUACUCCGAUGUGGGGCAAUCAGAUAAUUCCCUGUUGUGUGCUACAGUGAAGCAACCUAUCAGUGUUGCUAUAGAUGGUUCUUCAAGGGAUUUCCAACUAUACACCGGUGGUAUCUAUGAUGGACAUUGCUCAAGUGAUCCAGAUGAUAUUGAUCAUGCAGUUUUAAUUGUUGGUUAUGGCUCAGAGGAUGAUGAAGAUUACUGGAUUGUAAAGAAUUCAUGGGGAACCUCAUGGGGAAUGGAAGGGUACAUUUAUAUCAGAAGGAAUACUCACUUAAAAUAUGGAGUGUGUGCAAUCAAUUACAUGGCAUCUUACCCUACCAAAGAGCCCACUGCUCCAUCCCCAAGUAGUCCUCCAUCACCGCCUUCACCGUCGCCACCGCAACCACUACCACCUCCGCCGCCACCUCCGCCUCCACCACCACCUCCACCAAUUAGAUGUGGAGAAUACUCAUAUUGUUCAGCUCAUGAGACAUGUUGUUGCCUUCAUCAGUAUUUUGAUUUCUGCUUCGUUUAUGGUUGCUGUGAAUAUGAGAAUGCUGUGUGUUGCCAUGGAACCGAGUAUUGUUGCCCUAGUGAUUUCCCCAUUUGUGUUACUGAACAUGGACUCUGUCUCAAGCAUCAUAGAGAUUUGAUCGGAGUUGCUGCAAAGAAGAAGAAGUUGGGAAGUCACAAGUUACCAUGGACUAAAUUAGAACAAACGGAAAAGACAUUUCAACCCCUUCAGAUGAGGAAUGUUUUUGCUGCAAUCCUUUGAAUUUACUUCUUUCCCUCUUCUCUUUUUAUGUUUGGAUUUGCUCAAGAAAAAUAAUAUGUUGACACCGCCAUUCAUUAAAUAUGUCUAUUGUAUAAUUACUUUUCUUAAAAUAUUAUAUUUGAAUCACAUCUAUUAAGUUCCCUUC